GGCGCCAGUCGAUUUCCAAGCGUCGCAGGGCUGCCGCGUUCUCGCCGCGUUGAGCCCUCUCGCGAUCUUAACUUUGUGUUGCCACUGGAAACUUUUAAACUCAAUUUUCGUAGAGAUUCGGCGUCCUAUCGCCUGUUGCUACCCUAGUAUAGAGUCUAGUCGCGUGUGCAGUGUAGCGAGCGAUACUACAUGCAAUAUCGCGCGUGUAUCACAGUACGACGGUCUAUUUUUGAAUAUUCAUUGGGUUUGUUGCUAAGUUUUCGAAACGCAGUCCGACAGUCGGGUUAACGGCCCCAGUGUACAGCACCUCAUGUGUUUUUGUUGACGGAUAACAUUUGUUUUUAAAAACAUCUGUGGAAUUCGUGACACUUUAUCUUGGUCCGCUGCAAGCGUUUUGCCUGGCAGAGUGACGGAUAUGGGUGAUAUAGUGGUACCUUAAUAGGUUAUUAGUGGGCGAUGUGAGCCAUCAACUAGUGAUAGUGUUGUGCUAGUGAUGUAACAUUCUAUGGAAGUGUCAGUGUGUUCUCGGAAUGUUCACGAAACACGGAAAGACGCUUGAGCGGUGUUCUCACCCCUCACAUAGAAGCUGCAAGAAGAAAAAACAGCCCCCACAUACACCCUGGAAAUACUUGAUGAAUUGCCCACUCGUUAGGAAAUGUUUUGGUCUACAGCUCCGGAGCAUAGAAGAGCCGUCAGGUGGCGCGGGCGCAGGCAUGCCCGCGCCUGCCUGCUACGACGCGGAGUGUGCGCGGACAGAAGCCUGGCUGGAUGAGAACCAGGAGUUCGUGCAUGAUUAUUUCUUAAGAAAAGCUCCGCGACAAGUGGUGGAUGCGUGGUUGGUGUCCCAUGCUACACCGCCCAGUGCUGAACUUCCAUCCCCUUCGAGAGCUGGCUCUGGAGCCACUACACCUGUUAGAAAAAUCUCAGCGCACGAGUUCGAGAGAGGUGGUCUUCUGAAGCCACUAGUGACGACUGUAGAUGGGACUCCCACCUUCCUGGGAGACCAACCUCAUGCGACACCCUCAAGGCCUCAGAGGCGCUCUCGGCAUGAGCUCAAGCAGCUGGAUGAGAAGGAGCUUAUCUUUGAACUGGUAAAGGACAUUUGCAAUGAACUGGAAGUACGGGUUUUAUGCCAUAAAAUCCUGCAAAACGUUUCAAUUCUUCUUGAUGCCGACCGAGGCUCUCUGUUCCUCGUCCAAGGAGAAAAAGCCGCCUCGCCUAAUCCGCAAAAUGGCAGAUGCCUGGUGUCGAAGCUCUUCGAUGUCUGCUCUAAGUCAACUCCAGAACAGAUGGAACAGCUUGAGGAGAUCAGGAUACCAUGGGGUUCAGGCAUCGUUGGCUACGUGGCGGAGAGCGGCGAACCCGUGAAUAUACCUGAUGCGUACAAGGACGAAAGGUUCAACCAUGAUAUCGAUCAGCAGACAGGCUAUAAAACAAGAUCGCUUCUUUGCAUGCCGAUUAAAGACAUCAAUGGCGAAGUCCUUGGAGUCGCGCAGGUGAUAAACAAACAAAAUGACGGACCAUUCACAGCAUACGACGAGAAAGUGUUCUCUUCGUAUCUCCAAUUCUGCGGCAUUGGUUUACGGAACGCACAGCUGUAUGAACGGUCGCAGCUCGAAGUGAAGAGGAACCAGGUGCUGUUGGAUUUGGCGAGGAUGGUCUUUGAGGAGCAGAGCACGAUAGAGCAUAUGGUGUUGAGGAUAUUGACCCACACGCAGAGCUUGAUUCGGUGUCAAAGGGUGCAGGUGCUGCUGGUACAUGAAGCGUCCAAGGGCAGUUUCUCCCGUGUUUUCGAUCUGGAGGCUGGUGAUGAUGAAGAACCUGGUACACCACGGACAUCCCCGUACGAGAGCAGGUUUCCCAUCAACAUCGGUAUCACUGGCUACGUUGCUACUACUGGAGAGACUGUAAAUAUACCCGACGCGUAUACGGACGCUCGGUUCGACCCUUCAGUGGACGAGGGUGCUGGCUUCAAGCACAACACAAUCCUUUGUAUGGCGAUCAAGAACUCUGAGGGACAAAUUAUUGGUGUUAUACAGCUAAUCAACAAAUUUGACGAGCUGCUCUUCACAAAGAACGAUGAGAACUUUGUGGAGGCGUUCGCGAUAUUCUGCGGUAUGGGAAUCCACAAUACACAUAUGUACGAGAAAGCCAUCACUGCCAUGGCCAAACAGAGUGUAACAUUAGAUGUUUUAAGUUACCAUGCGUCGGCAUCAAUAGAUGACGCACAAAGAUUACGGAGUUUAAGAAUACCAUCAUCAGCCCACUUCAGUCUCCAUGAGCUGUCAUUCGAUGACAUUGAUUUGACAGAUGACGAUACAUUGCGCGCCUGCCUGAGAAUGUUCCUAGAUCUUGACUUUAUUGAACGGUUCCACAUAGACUACGGCGUGCUCUGUAGGUGGCUCUUGAGCGUUAAGAAGAAUUACCGCAAUGUAACCUAUCACAAUUGGAGACAUGCGUUCAACGUCGCUCAGAUGAUGUUCUCAAUACUUACGGAUACUCAAUGGUGGCAGAUUUUCGGUGAGCUCGAAUGCCUGGCUCUGAUCAUCGGAUGUCUCUGUCAUGAUCUCGACCAUCGGGGGACUAACAACUCCUUCCAAAUAAAGGCAUCAUCACCCCUGGCCCAGUUGUACUCGACUUCGACGAUGGAGCACCACCACUUCGAUCAGUGUCUCAUGAUCCUGAACUCCCCUGGAAACCAGAUCUUGGCGAAUCUCUCUUCUGAGGAUUACGAGAAGGUUGUCAAGGUGCUGGAAGACGCUAUUCUUUCCACCGAUUUGGCUGUGUAUUUCAGUAAAAGAAAUGCCUUCCUCGACAUAGUGAGUUCGGACAAGACGGUCACACCCGCUUGGGGGGAGUGCGAGGAGCGUCGCGGGCUGCUCCGUGCGAUGUUGAUGACGGCGUGCGACCUCGCCGCCAUCACUAAGCCGUGGCCCGUGGAGAGACGAGUGGCAGCGCUCGUCGCCGGGGAGUUCUUCCGCCAGGGUGACCUUGAGAAACAGAACCUCAAUUUGACGCCCAUAGAUAUAAUGAACCGAGACAAAGAGGAUCAGCUGCCAUCGAUGCAGGUCAAGUUCAUCGAUACUAUUUGCUUGCCCAUUUACGAGGCAUUCGCCGUACUCCAUUCAUCGCUCCAACCGAUGUUAGACCGCGUGAAAAGCAACCGCGCGCACUGGAUCGAGCUCGCAAACGAAGCGAACAAUGGCGAGAAACUCGACUUCUGUCUCGACAAGGAGCCAGAGAAGAACGACAAAUCCAGCGCCAGCUCGCACGUAGACGACACGGAGAACACGUACGAGGGAGACAGCAGUGGUGCCGUCAGCCUCUCCUCGGAGACCAACUCGAAAUACGACAAUCUGGAGAAUCCGGUUGUCGGCCUCGUCUGCAACAACGCGCUGACGCAGCGGGACCCGACGAAGUUCUGCCAUUUGAACGAAAUGAACUAAACGACCUCGCUUCGACGGGGUCCAUAUUUAAUUAUGCUGGUUAAAUUUGGAUUCCGUCGAAGAUCUGACUUAGCUGGUAAUUAUUCUAAUUGACGCCUAAAAGUAUGUCUUAUUCACCGUAGAUUUGCAAAAACUAUAUAUAUAUCUCGCACUCGAAAUUAAACGGCAAUUUUCUAUAAAUUCUAAAACAAAAUCGAAAAUGAAUUGCUGUUUCACAGUUUAGGUUUAUCUUUUGGAUUAAUUUACCGAAAAAAAAAACGUUAAUUUGUGAGUUGUGACUUACUAUUUUAAAACUAAUAAAUAUUGCGAGAUAUCUUUUACAAUUACCAUGACACAUAACAAACAUUUGGACUUUUAAAAUCGAAUAUCAACUUUGAAUUUUAAUUUCUGAACUGAAAAUAAAUUGUAAUAAAAUCUCAAAAAUCAAUAACAUACCAUAGUUUUAUGACAUUAGCUUCUAGGCUCGUUUAAAAUAGUUUAUCUCAGCUUUGAGUCAGAAGGUUUCACUACAUUCGUAGAUAUAAGAUCAUUAGUUUUAAAUGUCGGAUACUUAAGCGAUGGCGUGUUAAAACAAUAAAAUGUUUUAGCUGAUUUCGGCCUGUUUAAUAUAAUACGUGACAUGAAAGUUAAACACUUACCUCAUUCAUUCUAUUCCUACUACGUGUAAUUAACAUGAAUUAUGUUCGUGUCUCGCUAGUUUUUGGUAUCAUUUAAGAUACUUUUAUUUACUUUAAUUUUAUGUUCUCACGUUUGGUAAAACAUUAUAAUUGAAAUCGGGGCCUAUCUUAGCGAACGUAUGGAAAUACCAAAAAAUUUUAUAGUUAGGUAUUACUAAAUUGAGACCGGAAACAUCUUUAUUGUGAUGAUUUUUGUAGAAUUAAUUUUUAGUUUAAACCCUCUAAGUCCAUUUCAUGAGUGAAUGUGGGCGAUAAGGUCGCGCGUCGUGUAAAUACAACUAUUUUAGAGGAUUAACAGUUAAUGAUGAGUACUUACUUGUGAAUUUUUGUUUUCUACGUGUUUCUGCAGCUUUAUGUAAUACCGCUAUCAAGACAGUUUGGCCUCGUUUACGGAUACGCGACGCAUUGAUUACCUUUGCUCUUCGUUCCUGUAACUCAUAAAUUUGACAAGGAUUAAAGGCUUGUGUUGAAUAGUUAUGAAAUAUCUUAUUGUCUUUAGUAGUAAAAGAUUUUUCAUACAAAUAUUCUAGACUAAAACUUUUAAUACUUUGUGAAACCAAUAGAGCAAACGUACACGCACGCGUUCGUGUACGUUUAUGUACAAGUUAUGUUGCCUCCGAUUGUAGGAUCGGAUCAUAUGCAUCGUGUAUCCGUUGAUGAGUCCCAAAGUCCGUAUAACCAUUCCAUUAUAAUUUCAUACCAAAUUCUACAAUUGUGUCGUCUACUAACCAAAAAGUCAAUUAUGUAUGCUGAGAAUUUUUUUGACUUCGUAAACACUUCACAAUUAGCUUGUGUGUUAACGAUAUUAGGUUUAAGAAAAAUAACAUUCUAAGGUUAAGAGAAUAACCUCAAAUUAUUGAAAUACCACCGUAUUGUCAUGUAUAGAUGACGAUGUGAAUUAAUUCAUGAAUUUUUGUAAUCUCGAGAAAUAAAUGUGGCGCUUAAAAUUGAUAAUUUUGGAUUAUUUUACCAGUUAUUUAUUGAUGUAUAACUCAAAUUUUACGCGGUGUUGCUAUAUAAAUGUCUCUUUUCAAUUUGUACGACGCAAAAAUUCGGUUCAGUUUGCUUAAUGACAUCUUGGUAAAUGUAUGAAGUUCUUUAUUGUAACAUUUUUGCGUUGUCUGGAUUGCGCGAUCGUGUUUUGUUUGAUGAUAUACACCAAUAAGUGCUUGGUUAUUUUAUUAUUUUCAAUAUAGCUUCAUAAUGAGAAGUUAAUUUAAUCUGAAAACAUUUUUAUUUUUGAACAAAAACCGUUUUCUUAUUCUUAAUUAGUAAAACCGAAUCCUUAAUUAGUUAUUUUAAUCACCACAACUAUGACCAAAAUAAAUGUAAGUACUUACUACUCGCAAACAGAUUUUGAUAAUUGCUUAGAAUUUUCUAUAAAUCAAUUAAAUUUUUUAUAUCGACAGUAUUCGUCGCUAAAGUUAUGACCAAUUCUUAAAGAUUAUAGAAAAAAAAUAUUUUCAAAUUGGAAUUCUCUCUAUAAUCGUAGAUAUUUAAAAAUCUCAAAUUAUUGUGGUAAUCAUGUACAACGUUAAUGUUAAGAUUGCUGUAAGUAUUAUUAGCAAGUAAUUAGAAAAUUAAUAUGUCGAGAUGUAUGGUGUGUGAUUCAUUAUGGAGGUUGUUUUGUUCCAAACAAAAUGUUAUUUAUUUAUGAAUAAACAAAUUUUGAAAUA